AUGGCAAGUUUCGCAACACCCCUCCGCCAAUCCUCGCGGUCAGAAAUCCUCGAAUGGCGAUUUCCUAAACCCUUCAGCCACAUCACACUGACGGGCAGGUCUCGCGCCGCUUGGCAUACCUCCUUCGUGAUCCCCCAGCUCAACCUCUUGCUCGACGCCGGCCUAUGCGUCAACAACCUGCGUCCUAAGCACAUCUUUCUAACCCAUGGGCAUAGCGACCAUACAUUGCUUACUCCAGCAUUUGUUAAGCGGGAGGACCCUCCAGAUAUCUUUUGUCCUGCUGAGAUGAAGCAAGUAUUAGACAACUUUAUCAAUGCCAAUACGGUUCUUAAUCUCGGCGGGCUUUGGACACUAGGCGAUCUCGAGACAGAUCUUUCCUCGUCGGAUCUUGAGUCUACGAAUUCUUCUGAUUCCAGCGGUAGUGGAAAUGGUCCCGGAGAUGGUCUUCUCAGAACACACAUCACACACCCCCUAGUGCCCUCGCAAACCGUCACCCUCCGGCGACUGGUCGGCGGCUCGGGCAACUCUGCCAAACCUUCCUGGACAGCAACCGCCUUUGCAUGCGAUCAUACAGUUCCCUGCCUAGGCUAUGUCUUCCACCAAAUCACGUACAAACUCAAGCCCGAGUACCGAUCUCUCUCGCCAGCCGAGCUACGCACCCUGCGGCAGAGCAUAGGGUCAGAUAUUACACAGCCUGUGGCCACGCCCGUAUUUGCCUUCCUGGGGGACACGACAGCAUUGACGCUGGAUCAAAAUCCGGAGGUGCAGAAAUGGCUGGAGGAAGGACUCAAAGUAGUGAUCACAGAGUGCAGUUUCCUAAGGGAAGAGCAUCGCGCGCAAGCGGAAAAGACGAAGCACACUUUGUGGGCGGACCUGGAGCCGAUCAUCAGGCGGUGGCCUAAUACGACUUUCAUUCUGAUGCACUUUAGCUUGAGGUACACGGAUGAGGAGAUCAGGACAUUCUUUAAGGAGUUGGGGGAUAAAGUGCCGUCAAAUGUGGUGGUGUGGAUAGAUGGCGAAGGGGAUGAUGAGCCUGGGUUAAACGGAGGGUCGGGAGGGAGGAGUAAAGGGAAGAAGUGA